AUACAACUUCCAUUGCUAUAUCUCCAUCAGUUGUAACAACAAUACCGGCAUUUAUACAGAAUGUAACAACUACUUCCACUACAAAAGAUACAACAACUUCAUCUAAUACAAUUCCAUCAACAACAGCACAUAUAAUAGUAGCUUCUAUUAAUACCAUUGGUACAACCGGAGAAACAUUAACCCCCAAUACAGUUCCAUCAACAUCGACAGAAGACACAACUUCACCUGAUAUAACUACAUCAGUAACACCAAAUGUAACAGCAACUUCUACUAAAAUAACUGCAACAACAAAUAAAACUUCUGCAUUAAUUCAAAAUGUAACAACUACUUCCACUACUUCAAUUUAUUCAAUAAUCACGGGAGGUACAACAACUACCUCUACUACAUCUCAUGUAACCACUACAGAAGACACAACAACUUCUGCUAGUACAAUUCCAUCAACAACAGGACAUGUUGCUUCUACUAAUACAUUUAGCACAACCGAAGAAACAUUAUCCUCCAAUACAGUUCCAUCAAUAUCAGCAGAAGACACAACAACUUCACUUGCUAUAACUCCAUCAAUAAUACCAAAUGUAACAGCAAGUUCCACUAAAACAACUGCAACAACAAACAACACUACUUCAAUUCAUUUAAUAAUCACAGGAGGUACUUCCUCUACUACAACUCCUGUAAUCACUACAGAAGACACAACAACUAGUACAAGUCCAUCAAUAACAGGACAUGUAAUAGUAGCUUCUACUGAUACUUUUAGCACAACCGAAGAAACAUUAACCCCCACUACAAUUUCAUCAACAUCAUCAACAGAAGAAACAACUUCACGUACUAUAAUUCCAUCAAUAACUCCAAAUAUAACAGCAACAACAUCAUCAGUAUUAGCAAAUGGACCUACAGUUCCUACAACCACAACUUCAUCACUUCCUUUAGAGGUUUGUACUAGUCGUGUUUGCACACAUCAAGGCUUGAAAAUAAGAUAUCGCAUGGAACCGUAUGAAGACCCCGAAAAAAAUUUUUACAAAUACGUAUGCGGCGGCCAAGAAGUUAAUCCUCCACCUCCGUAUAAUGAUUUAAUGUUGCUGAAAUAUAUAAACAGUAAUAAUCCGAAUUUUAAAGCAUAUAAAAGUUUUUACAACUUAUGCAGUAAAUAUGAAGAUUAUCCUGACCACAUUGAUCGUCUGGAGUUUGUCCUAAAGCUAGUCAAUAAAUCACAGGACUUGACCGAGAUGUUGGCCGAAUUGAUAUUGACGCAGAGUUUUCCGUUGUUUGAUGUACGUCUUAGUUACAAGGGCAAAAAUGAUUACAUACUUAAGAUAACCAAAAAUGGAGCAGGUUUGAGGAGCACGAUAGCGAAUUGGGACGUGCAAGAGGCUUGCAGUAAAAAUUGUGUUCGUGUACAAAAAGUUAUGUACCAGGACAUCAUCAUUGAUCAUGACAGAAUUAGUGGAUACAUAGAAGAGUGUAGAAAAAAAUGUGUGGGUGCUGAACUACAAAAGUUUUUGAAAGACAUUAACGGUACCUUAACAUUUGAUCAAAAUGUAAUAGAUCGCAUUCUGGAAUUUAUGACGGACGUAAUGGAAGAGAAGCCUGAUGAAAAGAUACAAAAUACCUCACCAAAUGACCUACAACAAUUGGUGCCCUUGAAGGGCAUUGAGUGGGAAAAAUUGUUUGAGUUAUUGACUGGAGAAAGUGUGCACAAACUUAUUCGAGUGGAAAACUUCGAGUAUAUACAACACGUUGCAAAUAAAUUAAGUAAAUUUGAUGAGGAACAUCUAAAAGUCAUGCUGGCUUUGCUGCAUGGACUUUCCUUCUAUCAGAACACGGUUAGAGAGGAAGGUAAUGAAGGAAGGGAACUGUUCUGUGUGGAUCUUAUGAAACAAUUGAUGCCUGAUAUAACCAACUUCUUAUACAAAAACGACACUGAAAUGAAAUUAGAAAAUUGGAGGAAAGAAUAUUAUAACGAAAUAAAAACCAAUAUCACAAAGUAUAAGAAGGCUUUAGCUGUCGAUAAAAUAGAACUAAUAGUGGAAGAUGAAGAGGAUUUAGAUGAAUUUAAGGAUAAACUUGAUAAGUCGUACGCGAACGUAGACUUUGAUAAUUAUCAAGAUGGCUUGUAUAAACUGUUGAAGCAUUACAGAAAAUCAAUUUAUAAACUUAGUUUAUCAGCAAGGGAAAACACACAUGUUUUUAGGUAUUUUAUAGAUUCGUACGAAAAAUAUCCUCGAUCUUUGCCUGAUAGUAUGUCAGUUGCAUUGCCUUUUGGAAUGUUUCACACUUUUUCUCGUGAUCUGCCCUACAAUAUGUAUAACAGUAAAGUUGGAAUGAGAAUUGUGAAAGAACUAUUAAAGCAUGUUGAUGACAAACUUCUGAAGCCUUCACACGACGACCAAUUUUUGGCCGUCUUUCAAUUUGAAAAUGUUUAUAUAUCUGAUGGUGUGAAAGAUAUGUUGGCCAAGUUAUCAGAAAAGUAUCGGUAUGUCCAGCUUAAUGCUUUCGACAUAAUUUAUCCUACUACAACUUGUACCAAAACUUUACCCUUCCUAUCUGAAUGUAAUGGUAAUGAAGUAUUACUCAUAUCUGCACUUCAAGAAUACUGCACAAAAGAGGUAGAUGACAUCUUGAACUUAUUCCAAUUCAAUAUUGAUGAACCACUACCAGCUGAAGUAACUGUUAAUUACCUUUACCAAAACUUUGUCAGAGACAAACACAUAAAUUUUUCAUUUGAAAAAUUAGCUUUAAGCAACAUAAGCUAA